CCGCCCGUCCCUCCUCGCGGCGAUCGACAUGGCUUCCGACGGCAUGGACGAGCGCUCCCCGCUGCUGUCGGGCCCCAACUCCGGGAACGUGACCCCCACUGCGCCCCCGUACCUGCAGGACGCGAGCCCCCGAGCCGAACUACCUCCUCCCUACACAGCCAUCGCCAGCCCCGACGCCGGCGGUGUGCCUGUCAUCAACUGCCGCGUGUGCGAGUCGCUCAUCAACCUGGACGGGAAGCUGCAUCAGCACGUGGUCAAGUGCACGGUCUGCAAUGAGGCUUCGCCAAUCAAGAACCCCCCCACAGGGAAGAAGUAUGUUAGGUGUCCCUGCAACUGCCUGCUCAUCUGUAAAGACACGUCCAGGAGGAUAGGAUGUCCUCGGCCUAACUGCAGACGCAUUAUCAACCUGAGCCCGGUGAUGGUCAUCCCAGAGGAGCAGCCCGCCCAGCCGGCGCUGCCCAUCCAGCCUCAGGGGAUGAGGGUGGUCUGCGGUCACUGUGGCAACACCUUCCUGUGGAUGGAGCUUCGGUUUAACACACUCGCCAAGUGUCCCCACUGCAAAAAAAUAUCCUCUGUUGGCAGUGCGCUCCCUAGGAGGCGCUGCUGUGCUUACAUAACCAUAGGAAUGAUCUGCAUUUUCAUUGGCGUGGGUUUAACAGUUGGUACUCGGGACUUUGCCAGUCGUUACAACGCCACCUACGUGUCCUGGGCCUUCGCCUACUUGGUGGGCCUCAUCUGUCUGAUACGAGCCUGCUACUGGGGAGCAAUCAAAGUGAGCUACCCGGAGAACAGCUUCGCCUAGGAUGGGCACGGCUCAGCACGGCUCAGCACGGCCCUGCACGGCCGGAGGAACAAACCCCAGUAUUUAGGUUGAGAUCUGAAAGCGGUCAUGUUCAGUGGAGUGGAACGUCUGCAGAGAGCGUCGAAGAAGUGUGGUAGUGUGUGUGUUUGUGUUUGUGUGUGUGUGUGUGUGUGUGUGUGUGUGUGUGCGUGUGCGUGUGCGUGUUGGGAGAUGUAUCCCAUUGCGUUUGAGUCUCAGAAUGUUUUAAACUCACUGAACAAACCUCCCGUCAGUCGAUCGACCUCCUCCUGCUCCACACAGACUCAAAUCCUGCCCUGGUUUUGCAGAACCCUCCAAAAAUUCAGAAUCAAGAUAAAAAGUGUUCCAUUUUGUUGUUGGAGGCAAAAUGAACUGGCAGGAUUUGGUCUUUGUGGAGCGUUGUUAGUCAGUUGCUCAGCAGCCUGCUGAACUUAUGGUACCCUAUUGACUUCUUUUGUUUCUGACCAGACCAAAAUAAGAACAGUUUGCCCAUUGCACUACGAUUAUAUGCAAUUGUAUGUGUUGUUUUGCUGCUAGUUCAAACUCCAGCUACAGUAAGCUGCGUACUCCUAGUGUCCCGUAACCAUUCACCUUGCCCGUGUACGCUGACAUGGUACUGCUAUAUGAUUUUAACUCUCAAAAUGAUCGACUUUUAACAAGAAAUCGCCCUUAAAUAUCCGUGCGUGCCAACUUUGCUGCCCAGUAUUAUUGGAGAAGAGCAUCAGAUCAACAGGAGCUUGUUUAUUUGUUUGUGCCACGCAGCUUUGAAACUCACUACAGCAAUAACCCCCCCUACUUGAGUUGCUUUCGGCCUCCGUCACUGCGUCCUUCACUGCGAUCAUCGUUGCCUUCUCACUGGUGGAAAAAUGUGAGGCUCACGUUUGCAUGUUGAUUUAGUUUUUCAGUUACAGAGUGUGUGUUUUUUUUUUUCGUUUCAGCGCGGUAGCUUCCCGUCUUUGCUCUUUCUGCGUUAGAAUGUAAACUCUCCUCUUCCUCCUCCUCCUCUUCCUCCUCGCAGCUUAUAUGCGUCUCUCCGAAACCUCCAGUGAACUCUAGUGCUAUAGCUAGCAUCGCUGUACAUUGAACUCAGCAACCUGUCUCUUGACCUUUUACCAGUGGGCACAGCUCCAACUUCUAACCUUGUUUUGAAUGUGAUGAUGAUGAUGAUGAUGAAGCAGAAAAUAAUAUAACAAAAACUCUUUGUACAUAGUUCAAAUUCAGGACUUUAAAAAGUGUAGUGCCAGGGGGAAGGAUACAAUGGCUUGUGGGUCUUUUUAAAAAUGAUAAUUUAUCAAUAAAAUGAAAAAACUG